UGUGAUGUGUGUGAAUUGGUCUUUUUUCCCAACCUCUCAAUGCCAAUGCCGUCGCCAUAUAAGUACAUGUCCAGACUCCUCCAUCUAUCUUCAAUAAUGAGCGUGUGUCUGCAUCCAUCCAUUACCCACGGCCAACAAUCCCCUCAACAAGCGAGUGUUCCGUCCUCUCCCAUCUCAAACCCGCCUUCCAUAAGACGGAGGCGAAGACCCACCCCCUCCACUACCAUACGUGACCGGCGCAGAGUACCCAGCAGGCGCAGACCCCCCUCCCUGCGGCGAAACAGGCGACGUCGUCGUCGUCGGCGGCGGUGCUCCGCCACCACCACCAUAAGCCGGCUGCGUAGUAGGAGUAGAAUACGCGGGCGGCGCAGAGCCACCACCUUGUGGAGCAACGGGCGUAGUCGUCGGUGCUCCCCCUCCAUAGCUCGGCGCUCCUCCACCACCAUAGCUCGGUGCGCUUUGCGGCGCCACGGGCGUCGUAGUCGUGGAGUCGCAGGUGGCUUGCGGCGAUGGGGCGCUGGCGGCUGUCGCUGGUGGUGGUUGUGCGGAGCCGCCGCCGCCGCCGUAGGAGGGUGGGGAGUUGCCACCACUGCCCCCUCCCUGGGAACCGCCGCCGCCGCCGCCGUAUGACGGGGGAGAGCUGCCGCUCCCUCCUCCUUGCGAGCCAACUCCGCUCCCUCCGCCUCCUGAGCUGCCGCCGCCUUGGUUUCCUCCCCACGAUCCACCUCCUUGAGAACUGCUACCGCCGGAGUUCGAUCCUCCGCCGUGACCGUGGGAUUGGCUUCCGACACUGCCGCCUCCGGAGUUCUUGCCGCUGUUGCCUCCGCCGCCUUGGUGGCCGCCUUGUUUGCCACCGCCUUGCUGACCUCCACCCUGUUGACCGCCUGAGGAUCCGCCAGACCAGCCGCCGCCUUGCUG